AUGGCCGAGCGGAAGGCGUCCGGCAAGGCGGCCGAGGACGAAGAGGUCCCGGCCUUUUUUAAGAACCUGGGCUCGGGCAGCCCCAAGCCCCGGCAGAAAUUCUGCGGCAUGUUCUGCCCGGUGGAAGGGUCUUCGGAGAACAAGACCAUCGACUUCGACUCGCUGUCGGUGGGCCGGGGCUCGGGGCAGGUGGUGGCCCAGCAGCGGGACGUCGCCCACUUGGGCCCCGACCCGCAGACGCCGUUCUCCCGGCAGGGCCGGCGCGCCGGCGGGGAGCCAUCUGUUGAAUCGGGCCGGAAGGUGGAGAUCCGGCGGGCCUCGGGCAAGGAAGCCCUGCAGAACGUCUACGACCAGAGUGAUCGUCUUCUGAUCAAAGGAGGGAAGAUAGUGAAUGAUGACCAGUCCUUCUAUGCGGACAUAUACAUGGAAGAUGGGCUGAUCAAGCAAAUAGGAGAAAACCUGAUUGUGCCCGGAGGGGUGAAGACCAUCGAAGCCCACUCCCGCAUGGUGAUCCCCGGCGGAAUCGAUGUGCACACUCGUUUCCAGAUGCCCGAGCAGGGGAUGACGUCAGCCGAUGACUUCUUCCAGGGGACCAAGGCAGCCCUGGCCGGGGGGACCACCAUGAUCAUUGACCACGUCGUCCCGGAGCCUGGCACCGGCCUGCUGGCCGCCUUCGACCAGUGGCGGGAGUGGGCGGACAGCAAGUCCUGCUGCGAUUACUCUCUGCACGUGGACAUCACCGAGUGGCACAAGGGCAUCCAAGAAGAGAUGGAGGCGCUGGUGAAGGACCAUGGCGUAAACUCCUUCCUCGUCUACAUGGCUUUCAAGGAUCGCUUCCAGCUCACGGAUUCCCAGAUCUAUGAGGUCCUGAGCGUGAUCCGGGAUAUCGGUGCCAUCGCCCAGGUCCACGCGGAGAAUGGCGACAUCAUUGCAGAGGAGCAGCAGCGCAUCCUGGACCUGGGCAUCACGGGCCCCGAGGGACACGUGCUGAGCCGGCCUGAGGAGGUGGAGGCGGAGGCCGUGAACCGUUCCAUCACCAUCGCCAACCAGACCAACUGCCCCCUGUACGUCACCAAGGUGAUGAGCAAGAGCGCGGCCGAAGUCAUCGCCCAGGCCCGGAAGAAGGGAACCGUGGUUUACGGCGAGCCCAUCACGGCCAGCUUGGGGACCGACGGAUCCCAUUACUGGAGCAAGAACUGGGCCAAGGCCGCCGCCUUCGUCACCUCCCCACCCCUGAGCCCCGAUCCAACCACGCCGGACUUUCUCAGCUCCCUGCUCUCCUGUGGGGAUCUGCAGGUCACCGGCAGCGCCCACUGCACCUUCAACACCGCCCAGAAGGCCGUGGGAAAGGACAACUUCACGCUGAUCCCCGAGGGCACGAACGGCACGGAGGAGCGGAUGUCCGUCAUCUGGGACAAGGCCGUGGUCACCGGGAAGAUGGACGAGAACCAGUUUGUGGCUGUGACCAGCACCAAUGCGGCCAAAGUCUUCAACCUUUACCCCCGGAAAGGCCGUAUUGCAGUGGGAUCUGAUGCCGACCUGGUCAUCUGGGACCCUGACAGCGUGAAGACCAUCUCUGCCAAGACGCACAACAGUGCCCUGGAGUACAACAUCUUUGAAGGCAUGGAGUACCGCGGCUCUCCGCUGGUGGUCAUCAGCCAGGGCAAGAUCGUCCUGGAGGACAGCACCCUGCACGUCACCGAGGGCUCGGGCCGCUACAUCCCCCGGAAGCCCUUCCCGGAUUUCGUGUACAAGCGCAUCAAGGCCCGGAGCCGGCUGGCGGAGCUGAGAGGGGUCCCCCGAGGCCUGUACGACGGGCCCGUGUGCGAGGUGUCGGUGACCCCCAAGGCGGUGACGCCCGCCUCCUCCGCCAAGACCUCGCCCGCCAAGCAGCAGGCCCCGCCCGUCCGGAACCUGCACCAGUCGGGGUUCAGCUUGUCCGGUGCUCAGAUCGAUGACAACAUCCCCCGCCGCACCACGCAGCGCAUCGUGGCCCCCCCGGGCGGCCGUGCCAACAUCACCAGCCUGGGCUAGAGCGCGGGCGGGGCGGGGCGGGCAGCUGAGGACAUUCCACGACUCCCCUCUUCCUUUCGGUCACCCCCCUCCCCCCCCUUUUUCUUUUUAAAGAGCCUGUGAUAGUUGCUGUGGGCAGCCAGUUCCUGGGGGCUCCCGCCGGUUCCCCCCACCCCUCCCUCACUCCAGCUCUAACUUGGAGUUUCUGAAUUUCCACUUCCCUCCACAACCGCGCCCCCCUGCCCUC